AUGAUAGCAAUAUUGACGGAGAUAUCGAUGAAGAUUCCAAAUUUGAUGAACUCGGUGGUGAGCAACACUUAUGUCUGACAAAUUCAUUGCAAAAGAGUUUUGUUAUGGGUAAAUUCACACAAAGGAGUUCUUUAUUGGCAUCUGAAUCCGAAGAAUUACGAAAACGAUGAAGAAUUGAACAUGAUCAGAGAAAAUGGAGGCUACAAGUAUGUGGUAUCUAAAAUUCAACUUCUCAGUCUUUGAAUUUGAUGUUUUUUUCUGUGUCUAUUCUGAAUACGUUCGGAAAAGGAAACUAUUCAUGUGGCUCAGGAAGAGAAAGCGCUGCAAGCCUCCCUUGCAGAAUUUUCGGUUCAAUCGAUUAAAGUAGCGUUUUGACCAGAAUUCGAACAUGCUAGGGGCAGUGAUGCUGAAAUCUGGGAGACAGGAUGUAGCCGAAAUUUGCGUGCGUGGGACAUUGGUGCAGUCCUCAUGGUCAUGGCAUUGAGCAUCCGGCCAAAUGUAUUAUCCCCUGCUGCAAUGGUUGAGCUUCAAAAUCUUUGUGGCAAGAUUGUAUCAUAUCUUGAACAAUUCUACAAAGGCCGACUUAGAGAGAAUGGGGAUCGGAGAUACCUGCUCGGAUUUGCGAGGCUCUACGAGUUGAAGAAGGUUGAACCUCGAUUACUCGUGUGGAGAGGCUCCAAAGGAUUUUUUGCGUGGCCUAGGAUUAUCUUCUGCAGAUUUAAGUUGGCUAUGUCGUCGAGCAAGAACACCGUUGGAUUAUUUGGUGAUUCCAAGAUUUUUGACAUUAAAAAUUCAGAUGAUGAAGGAUCUUUAAGCAAGAACGAGACCCAAGUUGGUUUUACAACAUUUCCGCCUGCGCUAUCUCGGAAGAAGGGCACUGCUGAGAAUCUGAACGCCUCUCCAUGGUCAUCAUCAUACACUACAGCCGUCGCCAUAUUCCACUUUGGGGAUGAUAGAAUUGAAUGCCCCAUAAUAGAAGAGGUAGCCGAAACGAUGACUGAUGAAGAAGCCUUGAAAAUGCUAACCACCUCCUUGGCAAGCAUCCUUAUGCGCAAAAAGAAGCUAAGGGAGAAAAUCUCCAAUUUGGAGUUUGAGAAGGGGUUUCUCGAGCAUGAGAAAACAAUCCACGAGGAGGCAAAGAAGAAGGAGCAGUUAAUGCGGGCUGCCAAGGGGGGAGAGUUGGCCACUGCCCAGGCCAUGUAUAAGGAACUCGAGGCCAAACUGAAAGAAUAUGGGAAAACCCAUAUACCCAAAACAGAGUUGCAGAAAUGGAUGACUGCAUUUUGGGCCAGAAUGAUGCCCAUUGCAUUGAUGGAUAAUGUCAUGGUGGGCAUCAGUGAAGCAGCUAUUGCACGAGGCGGCCAUGGCAUGGUUGUUGCCGCUCUCGAAAGGAUGGAAUUUGGAAAGCCUGGCCUUUGUGUAGCACCAUCCCCCAAAUCCCAAAUGGGUUCACACUUAGAAAUCACCUCCUUUGAAGGAGAUGCCCCAACGGUGUUACCUGCUAAGCUUGGGGAAGAGAUGCGGGUACCCGAGCUUGACCAAUAUUUCAUUGGUGUCGAGCUAGUUUCUGAUGAAGAUUUCUCCAAGAAGGUCGAGGAGGAUAAGGAAGAGGAGCGGGAGCCUGAAGUUGAGAAGGAACCGGCAGGCGUGAAAGAGGUUCAACGUUUUCAACAAAAAGAGGAGGAGUGGAGACGUCGACUCCAUCAAUACGACCUCGACUUCCAAGAGUCCCUGAUUCUAGAGUCGAGUAUCAGCGACGAGAUGAAAAAGCUGAAGGAUGAAAAUGCUCGAUUGAGGAAGCGCGAGAAGAUUGCGGUAUCUCCAUGGUUCCUCGAGAAAUUCGAGCAGCUUGCCUUGGUCGAGAAACAGAUAGAAGUCCGGACAGAACGUUUCAUAGCUGCAAUUGAUCUCCUAAAGAAGAGAACCAAAAAAACAGAGUUCUACUCAAAACAAGUCGCUGUUCUACAGAACAUAUUGGUCGACAAUGAAAUCCCGCUGCCCAUUUUUGAUGAUCACGAUCCAGUCGAUGAAGCGAAAGAAAGGACAGCUGCUGAGGAAUAUUUGCUUAGAACCGGCGAGAAAGAUUGGGAGAUCAUAGAUCUAAAGGAUAAUCUAAGCCAUUGUAUUAACCAGCUUAGAGCUGUUGGGUACUCUGGGGUUAUUAAGCCAUCCCCGAGUCAACCCUAG